CACUCAUUCCAUGCACAUGUUACCUCAUUCAGCUUGAGUGUCAACAUGGAGUUUAAAUGAUUGUUAUUGUUGUUUAAUUGUUGCCAUUUAAAUUCAGUGAUGUGAUUAGAGUGUCACAUUUAUGAAUUUAUCAAAAUGAUUGACAAAAACAUUGAAUCUUUGGUUUGUUUUGCCUGUUGGAGUUUCUUUGCUUUCUAUUCACUGUAUUUAUUUGGAUCAGUUAUUGAUGUUAUUAAAGAUGAUUUAGAUUCGCGAGACCUUGAGAAAGGUUGGUUUCUCUCCAGGUAUCGAGACGUUACUGACGUCGAGUGGCACAUUUUAAAGUAUCUCAAUCUUAAUUAUUUAUUCAUCUUUGUUGGUCAUAUUCUUGUCUCACAAUUAACAUGGAAAUACAUUCCUCAGCUUUCUUUAUCUGUGAUGAUCACCUAUGGAACUAUUUGUAUAUGGAUUGUCCUUGGAAAACUUGCAGUUGUUAUUGUUUACCUCAAUAUUUUCGCUGCUUAUCUAAUCCAUCUGAUUAGAAAGCCACUUCUUUGUCAUUUAUUUUUCAUCUUCGUACUUAUCAUGGCUCAGAGACCUUUAUUCAGAGAUCAGAUUAGCCUUAGAUUUGAUCAUGAUCUUCGUAAAUUGUUUAUAUUUGACAUUCUUUUAAAUUGGCUGAAUGCUAAGUGUUUAAGCUUCUCAUUAGACAGAAUCGAAACCUCUGGACGUUGGGCUAAUCCUUACGAAGACGACAAUUUAACAAUGAUUUAUGCUUAUUGUCUUUACUUUCCCACCUUAAUUUUCGGACCUAUGCACCAAUAUUCAUCGUUUUUAACAAAUAUGGUUUUUCGAGUUGAUUGGAAUUCAAGGAAAUUUAUCUUAUGCCUCAAACGAUUAUUCCAAUUACUUAUCUACGCUGUUAUCUACGAUAUUCUGAACCACUACAUCUAUUCAACAGCAUUAACUUAUCGAAUGAGCCUUGUUUGGAAACUCGACUCAUCGACACUUUGUGCUUUCGCUUAUUCUUUAAUCAUCAUGUUCUACCUUAAAUACUUAAUCAUGUACGGUUACUCAGAAGCUUUUGGUAAUAUGGACGGAAUUUCUCUCGCACCUCCGCCCAAAUGUGUCUCAACGAUUCACUUAUCCUCUGAUCUUUGGCGACACUUUGACCGUGGACUUCAUCUUUGGCUUGUCAAAUACUAUUACAAACCAAUUCUUUCCCUUGGUAGUAAUAUUUUGGUCAAAAUUUUCGCAAUGUCCAUUUGCUUUUCAAUAGUCGCCGUUUGGCAUGCACUUAGUGGCGAUGUAAUUGUUUGGUGUAUGCUCAAUUUCUGUGCUGUUGCAAUCGAAUUAACUGGAAUUAACGUUCGACGAUUAUUUUUCAAUAAUUUUGAAACACAAUUAUCAACCAAAGCAAUUAAAAGAUGGAAAUCACUGAUUGCUGCUCCAUUUUAUAUCAUAAUGAUAAUUACAAACACUUUUUUCUUGGCCAACACUCAAAUUGGACUUCACUUAUUUAAGAAAGUUUUAUUCUCAUUCCCAUAUCCAGCUCUUCCCGUUUUAAUAAUCGCAUACACAGCCUGUCAUGUGUCUAUCGAAUUGAAAGAAUUUUAAUUUAAAUCAAGAGAAAACAAAACAAAGGCCAAUACAAAACCAACAAUCAACAAAUCUCAUAAACGAAAAUCAAAACUUUCACUUCCUUGUAAACAAAAAAAUCUCUCGCUAUUAUUAUUGUUAACUAAUGUCAACUAUUCAUUCAUAUUUAACUUUUCAAAAUCUAUUCACACUAAUCAUUGGUAAUAUUUGUCAUAAUUAUCAACAUUCUAUCUCAGUGACAAUUAAUUCAUUAGCAAUAAACUGAUUGUUAAACAAAAUCUAAAUUCACUUGAUCAUUUUGACAGAAAAGAGUAACGA